AUGAUGAUUUCGAUCCUGAUGAUUGUGAUUCAUCAUUGGCAAGCGAUUGUUUCAUAUGCUACAUAUCAGGGAGGAAAAGAUGAAAUUCCUGAUGCAGGAGUGUUAAAUUUUAAAUUCCAAGUAUCCCUCAACCCAGAUCGCUUCGGUAUGGCUGAAUCUGAAGAAGCCAAAAUGACGAAUAACGUUGAUUGUUUUUUUGUACGGUGUGUAGAUGAAGAUGGCGAUGUAAUUUCAACAAGUGAUUCCACGCUACCAAUCCGCUUUAUGGGAAGUCCCAUUGUUUGUAAGUUACGAAACGCGGAUGAUCAAGUGAUGAUAGGCUUCUCGACCUACACUUAUGCAGUUGUCACCAAUCAUGAUAAUACCAAAAAUGUGUCGGUCGUUAACGGUACUCUUGUGAAAUUUUCAUCAGACCUGGAUGAUUUCUUUGAUAUAAUAAUUAACACAUAA